GAAACUGAGUAGGAUCUGGGUAUGAGGAUGAUCCAUGUUGAGAUGAAAGAAAUUAUCCACUCGAUCAACAACUACUGUAUUAUAUUUCAUUGCCAUGUCCCAAUCUUGUCUAAUAACAGGGCUAGCAAUAAUACUGCUCCAAAGUUUGAUGAGGGAACUAGAAUCAUAGGGAAAAGAAGUGAUGACCUUUGGUACCCUGGACAGAUUAUCAAAGUGAUAACAGAUCGUUACAAUCAGAACAAGUUUCGUGUGAAGUUUGACCAAGGGAAUCGAGGUUUGCUGCGAUCCAAUCAUGUAGCCUUGGAGACCAGUGCCCCUAGAGAUGUGCUAAACAUUGGAAGUAGAGUUGUCGCCUUAAGGCCGAGAGAGACUGGGGACGAGAGCGCAUCCUGGCGGCAAGCUCAAGAAGGACCAUAUGGUAAACUAGACGUCCUUUAUGCUGGGAUUGUUGCUGAAAAGUGUUGCCCAGAAACACGAAACAGGUUUUUGAUAUUUUUUGACGAUGGUUUUGCCCARUACCUUCCCCUACAAAAGCUCCAUCAUGUCUGCAACACAGGAGACAAAGUGUGGAAUGAAGUAGCAGAGCACUCGCAGGAAUUCAUUCAAGAAUAUCUGGAAGAAUUUCCUAAUAUUGAUGGAAAAAUCUCUAAGAAAAAGAGUUCAAAAAGACCAAAAAAGCAAUCUCAAGCUCCAGACGAACCCUAUGUUGACUUCAGUGUUACAAACCCUGCAUUUGGAUAUUCUCCUUACAGUAAAACUGACUCCAAAGGUCCACAACAACAGCCACAACAAAAAGACACAACYAGUGCAGGCCAACCAUCUUCAUCCACCCAAACUGAAACUUCACAACCUUCAUCCUCUAAAACACAAGAAAAACCCACAUCAACAGCUACAACAUCCACUACAACAACUACACAAACMACUACUACACAAAUACCUUUAAMACCUACAAGCAAAUCUUCAACUCAGCAACCAAGCAACAGUGUCUCCUCCAAUCAAACAAGUGCAACAUCAACAACRCCUAGUUUGGCACCGAGUCAAGCACCGAGUUCUAAUACUUUGGCUGUUAGAACUCUGCGAAGACUUGCCAAUAAAGUUAACGAUGGAAAUAUUUCACCUUCCAAAACAACUGAUUCAGUAAAGAAAACUACUCCUGAAUUGAAAACUAACAGGAUAGUUUCACCAUCAGCUAACACUGACAGCUACUUCUUCCCAAACAGYGCUGUUAAUACAAGUUAUACAACAAAUAUCCGUAGCAACAAUAUAUURCCCAAUCAUAUCUCACCUGUCAAUCAUAUGUCAGGUGUCAAUCAUUUGGAUGACAGCAAUGCAUCCAUUAUUGCUAGUACAAUGAGGAAGCGAACCACAGCUGGUCUUAACACAGUUAAUAUAGGACAUGUAUUGAGUAUUGGUCCCGACGUUAUUAUUCCUGGACACCAUAAUGGUAUUACACCAUCAUUAGGAAAAUCACCAAAGAAAAAAUGGGAAGCACCUUGGAAAACACAUUCCGACACUAAUAUCCUGAAAGAACCAAACAUGAAAGUCAAAGAACAGAAUUCAAAACAUGAUGCUGCAACUUUGAUCCAAGAACGCUUACAAGCUGAGAARAAGCUAGUAAAAACAUUGAAAACAAUGCCCGAGCUACAGUCUCUUGUUCCUAAGUUUCCUGUUUUAGGACCACAUCAAUGUGCUAAGCCAUGUGGGAAGGUAGAGACAAUCAGCAARAAAGAACAAUCAAAGCAUAAUAUGUUGGCAUUGCCUUUGCUGUUGAACUGGAAAAGGGAAAUAGCAAAGAGACAUCCAAGGAUCAAGAGAGAGAUAUACUACAGAGCUCCUUGUAAUAAAAGAUUGAAAUCGAUUGAAGAUGUUGCCAAGUACUUACUUCUAACAGGAACCAGCAAUGUUGCAAUCGAUCAGUUCUCAUUUGACCCUGACAUUGCCUGCACUGAUGUAAUGGUUCAUUCAGAAAGUAUUGUAAUUCCUGAUAUAUCCCUUGGUGAAGAAUCUGUUCCUAUAUCUGUGAUGAAUGAACAUGAUAAAAGCCUGCCACCAUCCAUAGACUACGUACAUGAUAGGAUACUGUCAGACGGGGUUCAUAUCAACACUGAUCCUGGAUUCUUAGCAUGUUGUGAUUGUACAGACAAUUGUCAGGACAAAACCAAAUGUUCAUGUGCACAGCUAACGAUAUCAGCAUCAGCUGCCGUCGAUGGUAAAGUGGACAAUACUGUUGGAUAUGAAUAUCGACGACUGAUGGAUACUGUACCUACUGGUAUCUAUGAAUGUAACCAAAACUGCGCAUGCUCAAGCCAAUGUUUCAAUCGUGUUGUACAAAACGGCAUUCAGCUACGCCUCCAAGUAUUUAAAACUGAGAAUCGAGGAUGGGGACUGCGGACUUUGGAUGAUAUUCCAGUUGGAACAUUUAUAUGUACCUACUCUGGGCAGAUAAUGAAUGAAGAUAUGGCCAACAAGGAAGGAAGAGACUUUGGUGAYGAAUACCUGGCAGAGCUUGAUCACAUUGAGGUUGUUGAGAAAAUCAAGGAGGGGUAUGAAUCUAGCGUCAGUGACCAGGAAGAUGAUAGUGUCAUCUUAAAAACACUGCAAACAGGCCAUUCUACCAGUGAUCUCAGUGAAAAUGGGUCACCAUGUGGUAGUUUCACGUCCGAWAGUGAUUCAGACGAUAGUGAUUCCAGUCAUUCUAGCUACAGCCCUCGUGUCAAGAAAAACGGACACUCAAAAAGGAAAUCACCAGAACCAGUUAAGAUCACAGAAGAAGAUGGSACGACUUUCAGCAUAACAAUGGCUGACGAAAAGUGUGUGAUGGCCAUUAGUAGCGGCGAUUCCAUUGUWCUGAAAAGAAUCGGCGGUCCUGAUGACGUCAAACAAGAAAAUAACACAGUCAAACCGAAAGAAGAAGCUAGCAAUAAAAUCGACCUUCAAAAAGACCCUCCCCCAAUGCCAAAACCAACUAUAAUCGACUUGACCAGUGACGACGAAGACAGCUGCCUGAUCAAAUGUUCUUUGAAUGAAGCUCAGCCCGAUCGAACGUUCGAAUCCAAGACAAUGAACAAAUCUACUGAAGAACAAUCUACCAAGGACACAGGCAGCAAAAAAUUCACAGACUUCAAAUUUUUUAACAUUUCAAGUGAAAAUGCGAAAGGAGGAGACGCAGCUGGUGACGUCACAAAAGGUGACAUCAGAAAUGACGUCAAAGUGGAGUCUGCGGAAGGCACUAAAGGAGCAGGAUCUUCAGAUKUAAUAUCAAGUAAUAUGGACAUCAAAGAUAGUGAAACGAUUGAUAAGAAAACCGAGCUUGAGACAGCCGUCGAGAUGCUAAUGGAUCAAAAUAUAACCUUAAAGGAAGCAGACAAUAGCAGCCCCAGUCACGUGACUUGUAGUGUCAGCGAGGUUACAAAGCAAGAAGAAAUGGAGAUUGAUCCUUGUAUGCGAGAGCAAUCGCAAGAACUUAGUGAAGAGAAAAUGGACACUACUUCGGCUUCUCAUGUUCCAGAAAAACAACCCAUUUCUGACAGUGUCCGUGACAACGAUCGUCAAGAUGUCAAAGAUAGUAUCAAAGACAAGCCUACUCUCCAAGGAAACAGUUGUCUUAGUGACGGUGGUAGUAACCAAGAUAGGAAUUGUGGAGAAAACAGUUGUCUUGACAACGAAGAAAGCCUACAGACCAGUAAAAUUUGUAUCCAAGGCAGCGAGAAUGAUAAGGCUGGUGACGUAAAUCAUCACCAUAGUGACGAAAAAGAUUACUAUGGAAACAGAAAUAGCGAUAACCAUGACAAUAAYAAAAAUGACACUUUAAUUGAGGAUGACAAAUUUAAGGAUGGUAACCUAGGAAACGUUAAUUCUUGUCAACCAGAUGGCGUGACGGAUAGUAUCCAUGGCAACAAGGAAAGCAUAGCAACGAAAGAAUCCCAGGAAGAACAUGGUGUUGAUAAUGACUGUGGCGUCGACUUUGAACUACGAAUGGAAAUAGAUGAGUCCAUGGAUUCUAUUGACGGCAAGGAAUCAGAUACACAGAGUGACCGUCUAUCAGGAAAGUCCUUUAACUUCUCAAAAACACCCGCUCCAAGUGACGAUGAUAGUGUCCCUCCUCUGAUGUCUGCUGAUGACUUGAGUAAAAUCGCAGCACAGAUCCACUUAGCAGACGAAGAACCACCGAAACUGACUAAAAUGCAGCCAGGCUCGAGACUGACGGGAGACCUGCACGACACAAUAGCUAAAUUACAGUCUCGUGGCGUAGCUCUCAAUAACACAGGUCCCGACGUCCCAGAAGAAGACUCCACACAAUCAUUCGACGAUCUGCCACUCUUCCCGUCAACCUCUAGCUGUGAUUCGUUCCCAGCAUCCCCUGCAAGCUCUCAUAGUGGUUCUUGGGUGAGYGAUUCAGUAGACAGAUCAUCUGAUGGGUCUUGUGAACAGAAAGCGAGGCGAGAUCGCUUGAAGAACGAUGGUCGACGCGCUAGACGGUUUAUAGUGACAUUACAGAAAAGCGGAGUGAAACGUAGCGCAAGUCCUGAUGGGAUUGAAGGGGGUCCGCAAAAGAGACCCAGUACUCGAAGUCUGUUCAAUGGUGAAGAGCAUUGUUACGUUAUCGACGCAAAGGCAUAUGGGAACUGUGGACGUUACUUGAACCAUAGCUGCUCUCCUAAUCUAUUUGUACAAAACGUCUUCAUCGAUACYCAUGAUUURCGWUUUCCUCGCGUUGCUUUCUUCGCUCAGCAGUAAGUACCAUCAGUACUA